AUCCUUUGCUCUCUGUUCUCUUUCUCUGUUUCGGAUCUUAUGCAAAGUAUCAAUUUUUGUAUUCCUUUGGUUUUGGUUGAUUUUAUUGGGUGUGGUUAUGCUAAAGGGCGCCGUGGCUUGCAUUUAGCGCCGACCAACGAGCCCUAAUUUGCCCGAUGAUGUACAACUCUUACUGUAUUGAGCGGUUCGCGUGGUUUUCAUUCAUUACUAGCCUUUACUCACCACCACCUCUUCUUUAUAUGAAUGUAUAUGUGUGAUAAAUGGGUGUCAAGAGGGAUUUGUUUUAGAGCACCUAAGCCAAAUCCUGUGAAGAGUAGCUUUACUCUUUCUUUGUACAUGCAUGCACACAUAUACACUCAUAUUUUGUGGUGGUGGUUUAUAAAGGCUUCUGAUGAAUGCCAUUGCAUUGAAAGACCGUGGAUGAUUCAUUUUGAAGCUAUGAGAUCUGAGGGCUUUUACAUGCAUUGAUUUGGUUUUCACAUGUAUGUGUUGCAAAACCAGUUUGGCCCUCUUGUUGAAUUCAAUUUCGCUUCAUUUUUGUUUUGUUUUUUGGUUGUUCUGUCAAUGAUAUCUGUAAGUGGUUUACACAAGCUUUUCGUAAUGGGUUUUUGGGGUUUGAGUUGGGUUAUAUUUAUGUAGUGAAUGAUGAUAAAUGCACUGGGCUCUGAGCAGUUUUUCACUGCAUUAUUGAUGGAAAUGCAGCCUAGAAAGCUAUAUCUGACCAGUUUUUCUUUUACACAUUUUGUAGAGUAUUUUGUUUAUGCUUUAUCUGAAUUGUCUGAUGUGGGGUUACAUUCUAUUGGUAAUGAGUUACUCCGCUCACAUAUGGGCACUGAGCCAUAGUGAUGGAUUAGUGUGAGGAAAUAUAGUCGUACUGUUGUUUUACUUCUUUGCAGUAGUUGUUGAUCCUUAAGUUGUCUAAGGACUCUAAUUGUAUUUGCAUAUGGAUUUUCAUUUGCCCCAGGAUGGAAAACUCUUUGUAUGGAGCGGUUACAUGGGUUUUCACUACGAGCCUUUACUGUCAUCGUCAGCAUUCUCCUAAGAGUGUAGUGCUAUACACCACACUUUAUUCCCACCCUAAUUCUCUCUCUAUUUCUUUUUGUCUCCCUUUCUUAUUGCGGCGGUUGAUGUGGAAAGGCUCUUGGUGAAAAUCUGAUGGUUAUGCUGUCGAUGAUCCAAAUAGCUAUGAGAUCUGAGGGCUUUUCUAAGAUAUUUACAUCUAUUUCAUGCUGUUUGAAUGUCAGAUUUUUCUUCUAUGCGUUAACUUGAUGGUCCAUUUAUCCUUCUUUUUUUUAUUGUUUUUUUAAAAUCUAAUUUGUCAUACGCAUGUUCAUAAUGAUUAGUUAUACACCUGUUCUCAAACAUCAAGAUAGUGCGUAUGUGCCUUUUAUGGUGUUUAUGGAGGGAAAUGAAUAACAGAAGUUUUGAGGACCGAUUUGGAGAGCAAAGAACAUGCAGCACGUCUCCCCUCUGCCCAAGGCACACUAGGAUCAGCGAGGAAGCCGUUGCCUCAUUUGAAGUUGCAGACGUGGGGGAACCUUCUACUGAGUUUGGUGGAUCAGGUCGUUUGUUUGUUAUUGGGUCGCUCGUCUGGGUUUGGGUUGGGUCUUAGACCCGAUCUCAGAUUCAAAAGUUUUCGUUUGGGCCGAUUUUUGGCGAUGCCUAAAGCAAAGAAGUGGAUUGAGGAUACCGGUCAAGGGCACCCUUCGAAUUCUGGGUUGUCUGUUCCGACUAGUGUUGAGUUCUCCUUUUUUCCCAAAGAUGUUGGGCCUUGUUUGAUGGUCGGUCCCAGAGGCAUUGUUGUGGUUUCAGGCUUGGUGGCUUCGUCGGGUUUUGGAGCGGCUGUUGGGAGGGUUUUUGUUACUUGUGUGACUCCUGGUCCGUCGUCGCCAGUGGCUGCCGAUGGUCCUUCCCCUGGACAUGUUUCGGCAUCUUCUGGGCAAGAAUAUCAUGUGGUAGCUUUCGGUUCAGCAUUGUUGUCUGCGACUUCAGUCUCAGCAUCGUCGAUGGCUGGGUCAGGUUCUAUCCCGACCUCCUCUAGUCUUGUUUUGGAGUCUUCCUUGGUUGUGGAUGCGGGUCUUGAGUGCUCUUUGGGUCUUGGGUCUACAUCCGAUCUUCAACGGCCUCCGACCAGUCCUGAGAAAUCUAAAGGUACUGAAUUUCAAGAAGGCGUCGACUCCGCGGCACGUCGUAUGCCGCUGAUCUCUCUGUCUUCGAGGGACUUGCAAAACGGGUGUGGUUGGUUAUGCUCCUUCCCCUUGGAAUGGUUGCGCUGCUCCUUUUGCUGAAAAGGGGGCGAAUAUCGGAUCGGAUGGCUCAACUCAUUCUCAAAAGUGGCUGGUUGGUUUCGGCCCGUCUGGGGAGAUGGUUUUUUACCCCUCGAGUGUUUGUCAUCCCGACAUGUCCUUGGAUUGGAUGUCGGAUGGGGUUGGAAGUGCCAUUGAAGAGGAGCUCCAUCGGGUUAAAAAUGGUGCGCGUAUGUAGUUCAAAGGGAAGAGGGAGCAUUGAGUGUUCCUUGUGGGAUUUGGGUUUAAGGGCUUUAGUUUUUGUGGGUUUGUUUGGGCUUCGUUCCUAUAGCUUUGAGUGCUCUUUGUAGGUUUCGGUUCGAGGGUUCAGGUUUGAGGGGUUGUUGAGUUUCUUUCUUUUUGUGGGCUGUUUCAUUUUUAGCUUUUUAGCUAGGUGCAUCCUCUUGUAUAUUUCCGGUGUGCUUAAGGGUACCUUAAGCUUCUAAUAAGAUCAAUUUAUUACUUGUAAAAAAUAUAUAUAUAUAU